GAGGGGGCGGCUGCGGGACGAGGGGCAGAGGGUGGCCGGGACAGCGGCGCUGGGUCGGGAGUGUAAGGGGAUGAACACCUCCUCCUGUCUGGAAAGGCGUUUCACAGCACCAGAUGAUUGUUACCAGCAGAAUAACCCUCGAGCUCAGGCGGCUUCACUGUGCUCUUUUAGGAUCUGAUUUUAUUUUUUACCUUUUGUUGAAGAAAAAUGCCGUCCUUGAGCGGGAAAGUGCAGACUGUCUUGGGCCCUGUGGAGCCAGACUGCCUUGGCUAUACAUUGACUCACGAACACUUGACUAUGAACUAUAGCAGCUGUUUUUGUCCACCUUCUCCAGGCCAAGAGCCUUUGUCUGAUGGGCCCAUUGAGAUGAAGAACUUGUUUUGGAUUAAGCAAAAUCCCUACAGCCAUAAAGAAAACCUUCUUUUGUAUCAGGAAACAGAUGCUGUGAAGGAAGAGCUGUUGCAUUUUAAAGCAGCAGGUGGUGGGACUAUUGUGGAAAACACAACUACAGGAAUUGGCCGGGAUGUGAAUACUUUGAAGAAACUUGCUGAAGAAACCGGAGUUCAUAUUAUUGCUGGUGCUGGAUUUUAUAUAGAUUCCACUCAUUCUUCUCAAACACAGGCCAUGACAGUGGAGCAGCUGACAAACAUUAUUGUUGAUGAGAUACUCAAAGGAGCAGAUGGGACUAACAUCAAGUGUGGUGUGGUGGGAGAAAUAGGUUGUUCCUGGCCUUUGACUCAGAGUGAACACCGUGUGCUCCAGGCAACAGCAGAGGCUCAGUCACAGCUUGGGUGCCCUGUUAUCAUCCAUCCUGGCAGGAACAGCGACUCACCUUUCCAGAUUAUCCGCAUUCUGCAGGAAGCUGGGGCUGAUGCUUCAAAGACAGUCAUGUCUCACCUGGACAGGACCAUAUUUGAUACAAGGAAACUUCUGGAAUUUGCUAAACUUGGAUGCUAUUUAGAGUAUGAUCUAUUUGGUACAGAAUUUCUUCACUACCAGUUCCAUCCCGAUAUUGACAUGCCGAACGACAAUGAAAGAAUUGCAAGGAUUCGUACACUGAUUGAUGAAGGCUAUGAAGACAGAAUUCUGAUGGCUCAUGAUGUGCACACCAAGAACAGGUUGAUGAAAUAUGGAGGUCAUGGAUAUUCACAUAUCUUUGAAAAUAUAGUUCCUAAAAUGCUAAUUAGAGGCAUAUCCCAAGAUAAAAUUGAUAAAAUACUCCUAGCAAAUCCAAAGCGGUGGUUGACUUUUAAGUAGGAAUAAUGAAUAAUUAUUCCUGUUCUAUAGGGAAGCUUGAUAAAAUUCAAAUUUCUUUCCAGAGAGCAGUAAUUUUAAAAUUUGGUUCUUUUCAGAGAAACUGAAAUUAUUAAGGAGAUGCAAAUUAUUAAGGAGAAAUUAUUAAGGAGAUGCAAACGAACUGAUUAUAAAUUUUCUUUUUAAUUAGAACAUCAAAAUUAAGUACUGUCUCUGCAUCUCUUCCCUUCUGGAAGCUUGUUCAUGAGUGAUUUACUGAAUAUGAGCCUACCUGCAAAAUCUUUUCAAUAGAAAUUUGAAAAUAAUUGUUUCAAGAGCAUAAUCUAAUACUAUUAUUGAAUGUUACCCCAAACGACUUUUGAAGAUGCAUCGCCUGGACUUUGAAAGAAAUUAUGGUUUUCAGUUAAAUUUCCUGUCUCCAGGGGCUGAUUUUAAUCUUUGUAAUACUGACAAUCUUCUCAUUACCCUUGUAUUCUUUACGUAAGGCUUGAUGAAAGGUCUGGAACUUUUAAACAGUUUUUGUAGACAACACAAGGCAAAAGAAAUCUCAAAUAAAUCUAAGAAGAUAAUGUUUCUUUAUAGUUUAACAAUUUACUUAAUUUUAACUGAAAGUGUAAAAAAUACAUGGAAAAAUAUAUUUUUGAAUAAAGCAAUUUGAUGAUCUCUUAAACUAUGUGCAGUAUUAUUACAGAUGUCUUUUUUUAAUCACAUUUUUUUUUGUCAUGAACUUUUGGAAUCUUACAGUGAUCGUGUAAAACUUGACACAGACCAACUUCUUUUUGUAAAGAUGCAACACCAGAAGUCAAAAUAUAUUACAUAAUACAGUUUUAAUGAGUUGUAAUAGUUAUAACAAAGGUUGUGAUAUAAGUCUUUACAAAUCAGUAUAUCAAGAUAUGAUGAAAAAGGAAGAAAUGUUUGCCUUAUAUGUGGUUUUUACAUAAAGUGUGUUCUUUGCUCUUGUCUAACUUUAACCAGGGUAGGUGAUCUAUCCAAAAAAUGGUCUUAUCCAGUAGCAGUGGGAACCUGAUUUCAAAAACUUCUUCAAAUUUGACCGUGUACAUCUUGUAGUGUUGAGCCUUUCCAAUACACACCUUAGUAAAUAUGCGCUACUGGUUGUAAAUGAUCUCUAGCUUGGUGCAUCAGUGUGUGACACUAUGCAGAGGAUCUCUAGCUACACUGCUGUGUGAGUGCACUGACCAGUGAAACAACAGUGGAGCAAACAGAUGAAGUUCAGUUACACAUCUGUUAUUAAAAUAAUUGCCUCGUAGAAAUAAAACAGGAGUAAUCACUAGAAUGUGCAGAUACAGGCUGGCACUUUGUCGUAAAGUAAAAGCAUUAACCAUUCUGGUGGGAUAAUACACAAGCAGCUGGCAGCACUAUGUCCCCUUAUAAACCCUACAUGAGUUUGCCUGGUGAUCUUCUCUGUCAGCCGAGACUCACUCGGAUUUGUUUUGAAUUGGACGACUCAAAACAGAAACAAA